CGAGGCUUCAAGAAAUUCCCCCCGCGGAGUUUGUUGGGCCACGGGCGUUGCCACGACUGCGGCAAAGCUUUGGCUUUCGCUUCGGCCUUCAACAAACGGCGGCGAGGGGCCGAACGACCCCAUAAAUGCCCCGAGUGUGGGAAAUGUUUUCGCCUCAGCUCGACCCUCAUCACCCACCAACGCCGACACGCCGGCGAGAAACCCUACAAGUGCCCCGACUGCGGGAAAACCUUCAGCGUCGGCUCGGCCUUCAUCCAACACCAACGGGUCCACGCCGGCGCGGCGCCGUGUCAGUGCGGCGUCUGCGGGAAGAGUUUCCCGGCCAGUUCUAGUUUGGUCAAGCAUCAAAAAUUGCAUUUGGAGGAGAAACCUUACAAAUGCGGCGACUGCGGGAAGGGCUUCAACUGGAAUUCCCACCUGGAACGCCACCGCCGCAUCCACACCGGCGAAAAACCCUACGCCUGCCCCGAAUGCGGGAAGAGCUUUAGUUGGAGCUCCCACCUCGACCGCCAUCGCCGAACCCACGUCGCCCCCGGGCAACCCCCGUGUCGUUGCGCCGACUGCGGUCGUUGCUCGACCCCUCGCGCCGCCGAAGGCUCCAAAACUCCCGACCAGGCCUUGCAGUGUGGCGAAUGCGGGAAGGUCUUCGCCAAGAGCGCGGCCUUGGCCAAACACCGCCGCGCUCACGCCGGCGAGAAACCCUACAAGUGCGGCGAGUGCGGGAAGGGUUUUGGCUUAAACGCCGCCUUGUUGCAGCAUCAGCGGAGCCACGCCGCCGGCAAACCCUACCAGUGCGGCGACUGCGGCAAGAGUUUCGCUUGGAGCUCCCACCUUGACCGCCAUCGGCGGAUCCACAUGGGCGAGAAGCCCUACCGCUGCGGCGACUGCGGGAAGAGUUUCUCCCAGAGUUCCCACCUGGAGAGGCACCAACGCGUCCACGCCGGCGCCGAGCAGCCGUGUCAAUGCACCGACUGCGGGAAGAGCUUCUUGGCUUCCACCAAGCGCCGACGGCUCUUGAGCGGCGCCGCCGAACGACCUUGUAAAUGCACCGAUUGCGGGAAGAGUUUUCUUUGGGGGGCCCGUGCCCGACCGGCGCCGGAGAGGACCCAUAAGUGUAGCGAGUGUGGGAAGAGCUUCACUUACCGAGCGGAGAACGUCAAGCACCAAGGGACGCAAACCGGGGAGAAACCUUACACCUGCCCCGAAUGCGGGAAAAGCUUCGGGCAAAAUUCGGCCUUGGUGAAGCAUCGACGGAUGCACACGGGCGAGAAACCCUACAAGUGUGGGGAUUGCGGGAAGAGCUUCAGCGUCCGCUCCAACCUCAUCAAACACCAACGGACCCACCUCGGCGAGAAGCCCUACAAGUGCCCCGACUGCGGGAAGGGUUUCAUCCAGAAGUCGGAUCUCACCAAGCACCGCCGGAUGCACACCGGGGAGAAACCCUACAAGUGCAACGUCUGCGGGAAAUGCUUCAGCGUCUCCUCCAACCUCAUCAAGCACCAGCGCAUCCACCUGGGCGAGAAGCCCUACCAGUGCUCCGAGUGCGGGAAGAGCUUCAUCCAACGCUCCGAGCUCACCAUCCACCAGCGCGUCCACACCGGCGAGAAGCCCUACAAGUGUCCCGAGUGCGGCAAGUGCUUCAGCCGCAGCUCCCACCUCAACCGCCACCAACGCACCCACGCCGGGGACAAGCCCAAAGCCACCGGUAGCGCCGCCGUGGCCGCCGCCGUGGCCAACCCUUCGGGCGCCUUCUCCGGCGCCGCCUUCUCCCCUCCGCCCUUGGGCGGUUCGGCGGCGGCCAUCCCCUCGCUGCCCUCCUUCCCGGCCUCCCCCUCGCCCCUGCCCAUCCUG